AUGUCAGAAAAAAAAAAAACUACCAAUAAUUGGGUAUUACAAUUUGAACAAUACAGAAAAGAAAGUAAAUACCAAUUUCAGCUUCAUGAAAUAUUGUCAAUUACUGAAUUAGAGCAAGUUCUUGUUUUUUAUUUUACUCAAGCAAAAAAAAAAGAUGGAUUAGAUUAUUCAAUUGCAUCAAUUAGAUCAGCAAUUAAUGCAUUUACAUGUUACCUUAAUGAAAAAUUUAAUCUAAAACCAGUUGAUCUUCUUGAUUGUUACAAAUUUUCACAGUUGCACAAACUUCUUGAAGGAAAAGUUCAGUACCUUGCUGAAAAAAAGUUAGGUAAAACUAAAGGAUCAGGUGGAGAACAUUAUUCAUUAAAAGCAUUAAGCUUUAUUAAACAGCAAGACAGAAAUUAUGAAGUUGUGAUUUAUAAGAAAAUUAUUCAAUUAUAUGAGUUCUACUUAUCUAAACAACCUCCUAAAGUUGAUGAGAAUUUUUACUUACAACCACUUGAAGAUCUUAAAGAUCCUGAGCAAGCAGAAAUCUGGUAUAAAAAAACGCAUAUGGGAGAGAACUGGCUUAAGAAUUUUAUGUGUAUGAUUACACAAGAAACUGGUAUUGAGUUGUCAAACAGAAAGAUUACAAAUCAAUCAGGUCGAAAGACCUUAAUUCAAAUUUUAAAAGAAAUGGGUAAAUCUGAUUAUGAAGUAAUGACAAAUUCAAGGCAUAAAACAAUUCGUGAUAAUCGAACUACCCAAAACAAUCAAAUUACUCAAAAUAAUCAAGUUACUCAAAACAAUCAAGUUACUCAAAACAAUCAAGUUACUCAAAACAAUCAAAUCGCUCAAAAUAAUCAAACGAUUCAAGGUUUUAAAACCGCAUCCGAUUUAUUAAAAGGUAGUUAUUAA